UGCGUUUCGUCUAUCCCCUAACGGCGUAGUUCCGUUCGAAAUAAUUUAUUCGUGAUUGUUUAAAGUGCAGUGUGUGCUCAUAAAAAUGCUGUCUCCGAGCACAGAACACUUUACUUCAAUUUUGGAGUUAUUUGAUCUGCCCACAGACGAUGAGAAGGAUCAACCAGUUUUGGAAAAUCUGAAAAAACUGGCCAAGGAUUCGCUUCCAAAAGGUUGGGAGAACUGGAAGGUGGCAUGCUAUGAUAGGGAGGUUCUCUUCGGAGAGUCCGUUGAUCCCAGCAUACUUAAUAAACUCCGUUUUGCCUUACCAACAGUUGGCAUUGCUAAAGCAUUUAAUCCCAAAGCCCACAGUUUACCAGAACAAGUUUACAAAAACUACAAACUCCGGAUGCUAUCUUGGCCACUGUGUGUGGCGUUAAUCAUCGGGCCUCCUUCAUUAUCAUCACGCAUUCGAGGUUCAUCCAUCCACCAUGAGUUGGUUCUGGCGGCUAUAAGUGACCUUAAGCCGCUCCUGAUUUCUCGUGAAAAGGCUUGUCUUCACCUUCAGAGUUACGACAAAGAUACUAAUCUGUGGGACGAUGAAGAGGGCUGCUCAACAUCGACUUCGUCGAAACCCAAGAAAGAAUCACGCUUGGAAAAGAUGGAAAGGGAUCAUAAUGAAUUGAAAGAAAUGUUCAUGAAUUUUAUGCAUCGUUUUCAAUCUCAACAAGAUGCUAUGGACAAUAAUGAAUCGGAAGAUAACGAAGCUCUCUCUAUAGAGUCUUCGGAUAAAGAUGAAUCUGAUAUUUGGGAACCACCCACAUCUCCAACUUCUCAUUCGAGUCAGAGCCACAAUCAUCCGGAAGAGGAAUUGGAUUUUGAACCAAGGACACAAGAAAUAGAACCGUCUGUCUCAGCGGCAAAACAUCACAUUGAGCAGCAGGGUAUAGAAUGCCAACGGUUAGGGUUGUCAUCCUUCAAUAAAAUUAGAUAUGUAGAUGCGCAGAAGAAACUACAAGCUUCACCGGUUUUUGGACCAUUAAAAACCAAUUAUCAAUUAAAGAACUUAGUGCCAAAAACUUCAGUUCCUGAACUUUUGGCAAAAAUGGAUGGCUCUUUUGGGACAAUUACCCACGGACUCCUCCUUCAACGGGAUAGUUUUUCUCAAGGUAUCAAGGAACUAGUGACUAAAUUUCCACAAAUCAGACAGGAAGCUGGUAAUAUCCUGUGGGGUCCUGACUCACAGUUUAAGCAAAAUUCUAACGAUCUGCUACAAUUCGUGUGUGGUAAAAGAGCCGAGACAAUAGAAUUGCGUAGAAAAUUGUUCAGACCUCGAAAUGACAUGGUGGCAUCGUUACUGAACAACAUACCUCCAUCCAAAUCCCAUCUCUUUGAGGAAGCUGAAUUAUCGGAACUGUUUAAGCAGCACCAGUCAUCUUUUAGACCGCCCUUUCGUUCCUCAAAGUUUGACAACCAAAACAAACAUCCACAAGGUACAUUUCGAAAGCCCCCAACUCAUCAAACGGGAUCCAGACACAAAAAUUUUCCAAAGACAUCAAAAGAUUUCAACAAGAAUGCACCAACCACUUCCAGAGGCAAGCCCAGAGACAAGCCAUACACUAGAUUCUCCAACAAAAACAAUAAAAGACAAUGACUAUACACAGUUCAAAGGA